CCAUCUCCCCCGUCAAAGUCAUGAGCACCAAAACUUACACCGAGCGUGCCGCUGUGCACGCAUCCCCAGUGGCUGCCCGCCUUCUUCGUCUUAUGGACUCCAAGAAAACAAACUUGUGUGCCUCCGUCGAUGUCAAGACAACCGCGGAGUUCCUCGGGUUGAUCGACCAAUUGGGACCAUUCAUUUGUUUGGUGAAGACCCACAUAGACAUCAUUGAUGACUUCUCGUACGAAGGUACCAUCGUCCCCUUGCUUGCCCUUGCCAAGAAGCACAACUUUAUGAUCUUUGAGGACCGGAAGUUCGCCGACAUCGGGAACACUGUCAAGUCGCAAUACGCCGGCGGAGUGUACAAAAUCGCCCAAUGGUCCGACAUCACCAACGCCCACGGGAUCACCGGUGCUGGCAUUGUCCAGGGACUCAAGGAAGCCGCCCAGGAAACCACCAGCGAGCCUCGUGGUCUCCUCAUGUUGGCCGAGCUUCUGUCCAAGGGAUCGCUUGCCUACGGUGAGUACACCGAACGUACGGUUGACAUUGCGCGCACUGACCGCGAAUUUGUCAUUGGGUUCAUUGCUCAACGUGACAUGGGCGGUGCCUCUGAAGGAUUCGAUUGGCUUGUCAUGACCCCAGGUGUCGGUUUGGACGACAAGGGUGACGGCUUGGGUCAACAGUACCGUACUGUCGGCGAGGUGGUCUCGACCGGAACUGACGUGAUCAUCGUUGGUCGUGGAUUGUUCGGCAAGGGACGUGAUCCAAAGGUUGAAGGUGCUCGUUACAGAGACGCCGGUUGGAAGGCCUACACCGAGAGAACCGCCUGAUUAUCUUCUUUCCGGUCUUUCCUAUUAUAAAUAAAUAUAUGAAUAAAUAAUUACAUACCCACGAGUCU